UCCUUUCCCUCUGGGCAGCCUGCCUCUGUUGUGUUUGCCACCCCUCCUCCAAUGAACCCCACUCCACAGCCCCGGCAGUUCACCCCUGGGCCCCGGCCUUUGCACCAACAGCCCUUUUACCCGAACAGGGCGAGCCUCCCCCCCAGCAGCGGGCCUCGUGGGGUCCCUCCCAGCAGUGGUCCAAGGCCCGUCCCCCCCGCACACGUGUACCCGCCCAGCUCACAGAUGAUGAUGAUCCCGAGCCCUUUCACCAGCUCACCACAGGGACCUUACUUCAUGCAACCACAGUACCGACCGGCGGGUUACAUCGCCACAGCGCAGCAAUACCCAGGACCAGCGGGCACAGCGGGCUUCUACCCUGGCACCAGUCCAGCGGAAUACAACAACUUUGCUCCAGCGGGCGCGUACUACCCGGCGCAGCAGUUCCCCGCCUCGGUCCAGCCUGCCCAAGUCAUCAUCAACCCCGGACCCCAACAGCAACAGCCCCCGCCACAGCCCCCUCAGCACAUCCCCACCAAACGAGAACGCAAACAGAUCAGGAUAAGAGACCCAAACCAAGGCGGCCGCGACAUCACCGAGGAGAUUAUGUCUGGUGGGCGAAGUGGCGCGACUCCAACUCCACCACAAUCAGCCAUAUCUGGAUCAGAAGGUACAGCCAAUGGUGAGAGUGCCCCAGCUGCUUCUGCGCCGCCUCUGGUCCGACCAGAUGAUCAAGGGAAACCUACGCCGCCCCCUCCAUCGAAAACUCCUGAGCUCUGUAAGCCUUGUCCUGACAAUAACACUAUCCCCUCUGUAUCUGACUCUGAAGACUCCCCCCUCAGCACCAACUCCUCACUUGCCGUUUCGGACGUAAUGGAUGCCCCGCCCCCUGCCCCCCGAGACCCCACCCCCCUUUACAAUCAGCCCCCGAAAUCCCUGCGUACCCCGCGCCCUUACCCGACCCCAUCCCCUCCGCACAAGACGAACAGAACGCCUCCGAAUCGGAAGAAGAAGAAGACGAGGAGGAGGACGACGACGAGCAAAUGGAGGAGGAUUUGGAAGACACCGUCCCGUUCGAACGGGGUUGUAGGGACUGAAAGACUUGCUGUAACAAUGCCACAGAAUCACCUUGACGCUCCACUCGAGUCUCCCAUCGCACAGCCAGAGGAGCUGCGCCUGCCCAAUGGCCUGCCCCUGCCAGCGCCCCAGGACCCAGACGCGCCCGCCGCCUGCACAACCGAGCGGGACGACAGCCCUAUCGCGGAACCAGAAGACGCCCAGCAGUCCGAAAACGCACCUGAACCCGUCAAUAUCGUACAAGCACCGAUUGCACAAACUCUCCCACCAGAGGAUAAAGACUCUGAAGCUGCCCCCGAGCCUACAGCCGAACCUGAAAUCCUAGAAGUCGAAGCGGAAAUCCAAGAAACGCUUCCCCCGGUCGUGUCGGAAAUUACAGAGGAAAAAACAGAUGCUCCCGAGGUACAAGCCGAAGUGAAGGAGGAGAAAGAGGAGGCCAAAGCUCCGGUGGAGGAGGCCCCCGAGCCCGAGAGUAUCCCAGAAACGAUGCCUCCUGCUCCCACAGCUGAGGAGAGAGAGGACACCCCACCUCCACCCACAACCACCCCCGCCCCCGUGGAAACUACUAUGCAAGCUGCUGUGUCUGUGCCAAAGAAAAAGAGGAAAAUGAAGGAACUGAACAAAAAGGAAGCAGUGGGAGAUCUCCUGGAUGCCUUUAAGGAGGAGCAGGUGGUGGUCAAACCUGAACCGGAGCCCAUCGCCGCCCCCGAGCCCCAGGCCCCUGUGGCCCCUCCCGCCCCUGAGGAGGCGGAGCUCACCUGGGAGGACAAGGAGGACAAGCUGGACGCGGAGAACAUCCAGCCAGAGCCAGUGAAGGCCGGCAGCACUGACAAGAAGUACCAGUACAAAGAGGAAAAUUGGAAGCCAAUAAACCCAGAGGAGAAGAAGAAAUACGACCGCGAGUUCCUCCUGGGGUUCCAGUUCAUUUCAGCCAGUAUGAACAAACCUGUGGGUCUGCCCGCCAUCAGCGACGUCGUCCUGGAAAAGGCAAACAAGACUCCCCUGCGGCAGCUUGACCCCAGCCGUUUACCGGGGAUGAACUGUGGUCCCGACUUCACGCCUUCCUUCGCCAACCUCGGCCGGCCGGGGAUGGGAGGAGGCAGAGGACCACCUCCAGGGAUGGGCAUGGGCGUGGGUGGCCCGCGGCGGUCCCAACAGAUGCAACGCAAAGAGCCGAGGAAAAUCAUCACCAGCAUGUCCCUGAACGACGACAUCCAGCUGAACAAGGCGGAGAAGGCCUGGAAACCCUCGGUGAAGAAGCCCACGCGGAGAGUUGAGGAGCCCGAGCAGGACGACCCCGAGCAGCAGAAGACCCAGGAGCUGUUCAAACGCGUGCGCAGUAUUCUCAACAAACUCACACCGCAGAAGUUUCAGCAGCUGAUGAAGCAGGUGACCGAGCUGACCAUAGACACCGAGGAGAGGCUCAAAGGAGUGAUCGACCUCACCUUCGAAAAGGCCAUCUCCGAGCCGGACUUCUCUGUGGCCUAUGCUAACAUGUGUCGCUGUCUUAUGGGGCUCAAAGUCCAGGCCACAGACCAGCCCGCAGUCACUGUGAAUUUCAGAAAGCUGCUGCUAAAUCGUUGUCAGAAAGAGUUUGAAAAAGACAAAGAUGAUGAUGAGAUCUUUGAGAAGAAACAGAAGGAGCUGGAUGCGGCCGCCAGUGACGAGGAGAAGCAGCGGUUGACUGAGGAGCUGGAGGAGGCUAAAGACAAAGCUCGGAGGCGCUCUCUGGGAAACAUUAAGUUCAUCGGAGAACUGUUUAAGCUAAAGAUGCUGACAGAGGUGAUCAUGCACGACUGUAUUGUCAAACUGCUGAAGAACCACGAUGAGGAGUCUCUGGAGUGUCUCUGCAGGCUGCUGUCCACCAUCGGGAAGGACCUGGACUUUGAGAAGGCCAAGCCUCGUAUGGAUCAGUAUUUUAAUCAAAUGGAGAAGAUCAUCAAAGAGAGGAAGACCAGCUCCAGGAUCAGAUUUAUGUUGCAAGACGUUCUGGAUCUGCGACGGAACAACUGGGUGCCAAGGCGAGGCGACCAAGGCCCUAAAACCAUCGACCAGAUCCACAAAGAGGCUGAGCUGGAGGAGCACCGCGAGCAGAUGAAGGUCCAACAGGCCCUGAUCUCCAAGAAGGACUCAGGGGGUCCCGGCGGCAGGAUGGGAGGAGGCGAAAGGGGAUCACGAGGCGGACCGCACACCCCGGGCCGUGGAGCGCCCCCACAGGACGAGGGCUGGAACACUGUGCCCAUCUCCAAAAACAGACCCAUCGAUACCUCUCGCCUCAGCAAGAUCACUAAGACUCCUGUACUUGACUUCAACAAUCAGCUCCUUGCCCCCGGCGGUAAGGGCACGUGGGGCAGCUGGGGCAAAGGCAGCAGCGGCGGCACUAGCACUAAACCUGCAGAAACCGGCCCAGAGCCGGGCAGUAGAGCGGCCACGUUGAACCGGUUUUCAGCUCUGCAGCAGUCUUCCUCCUCGGUCUCACCCCUGGACUCAGACAGAAGAGUUCCUCAAAGACAUAGCUCCAGCCGAGAGCGUGGAGAUCGGUACGAGCGCUCAGACCGGGGCGGGGACAGGUACGACCGAAGAGAUGACCGGAGAGAUGACCGGAGAGAUGACCGAAGAGACGACCGAAGAGACGACCGAAGAGACGACCGAAGAGACGAUCGAAGGGAUGAGAGGCGAGAUGAGCGAAGGGACGACCGUGACAGAAACCGGCUCCAGGUGACGAAGAGGAGUUUCAGCCGAGAGACCGAAGAGCGCAGCCGAGAGAGAGAGCAGCGCGGAUCCACCGACCCUGUGCGCCGUGUGGCCAGUAUGACCGACGACCGGGGCAGCAGGGAGAGAGCGCGCAGCAAAGACAAUGGUGAGGCUCAAACUGAACCGAUGACUUACCCUCUGAUUGUGACUGGUUACAUUAUAUUUGUUUAUUUUUACUACUACUGCUGCUACUACUACUACUGUUACUACUACUGUUACAUCACUAUUACUUUGAUCUAUUCAUACACUAGAUUUAAAUCAGUUUACUUCACUGUUGGGUGGGUUCUUGUUCACAUGCACCAUGCAUCAUUCACCACAGCGCUGCACCAUGAGCCACGUGAGAAACCAUCAGCUCACAGCCAAACUUAUUUCCAUGACAACAGGCUUGAAGCAACAGAGGCCUGCUGAUACACACUGUCAUGC